ACGUCAGAGAAGGUGUAGAAAAAAAAUAAGCAUGAAAAUAACCUGUUUGGUUCUAUUUUUUUGUGUCGCUUUAUGGUCAGAUAAUGUUUUAUGUCGAAUGACAGAAAAACAGUUAACUGCAGCUGUCAAACUCGUGAGGAAUAUGUGUGCGGGAAAAACCAAAGCUACUGCUGAGGAUAUUGAUAAAAUGCAUGUUGGAGACUGGGAUGUGGAUCACAACGCAAUGUGUUACAUGUACUGUGGUUUAAACAUGUAUAAAUUGAUAGAUAAAGACAACAAAUUUGACAGAAAAUCUGCAGAAGCCCAAUUGGCCCAGUUGCCGGCUAGUAUGCACGAAUAUGUCAAUAAGUGUAUGGAUCAAUGCGAAAAUGCCGCCACAAGUUUUGACGAUAAAUGUCACUCGGCUUGGGAAUAUUCUAAGUGCAUGUAUUUCUGCGAUCCCGAAAAAUAUUUCCUGCCAUAAUUCUUCCUAUACACCAAAACAUACAAUAAACAACAAAUAAGACCAAAAUAUCUGGUGAAAAUCGACUAUUCCAGUUUGCAGAAAAAGGAAAUAACCAACAUUUUUGCC